AUGCGUUUGGUGAUAGCUUUAUUUUCAAUUUCCGUAAUUUAUGCGGUACCUUUUCCCCACAAGGAUAAUGGCUAUGCUCUUGGACAUAAUGUUAAGGCCACCAGCUAUGUUGCGAUAACCAAACACGAAGGCAAACACGAUGAUCAUAAUGGACAUAAUGGAGAGAAAAAUCAUGGCUAUGAUGAUUAUAAAGCAAAAAGUCAUCACGGAUAUGGCAAAAACGAGGGACAUAAUGAAAAGGCUACCAGUUUUGUAACUAUCACCAAGAUCAAGCAUCAAAAAGAUAACAAUUAUGGUCAAGAGAGUGAGAGUAAGCAUGGAUAUGACCAUAAUUAUCAUGCAAAAGGCGAGAUGCACCAUUUAGAAAAUGAGGGAAGCAAGACACUUCGAAAAGAAACUAAAUUUUUUGUUACAACCAAACACGAAGAUAACGUAGAUGGUCAUUAUGGCCACCACCAAGGAUAUGGCUACCAUGCUGAAGGAUAUGCCGGCGGCUAUGGUAUUGAGUAUCAAGGAAAAAAGAAUCAAGGGCAACAUCAUGAAAAGGCUACCAGUUUUGUCACUGUGACCAAACAUGAGGAUCAUCAUGGCGAUAAUAGGCAUCAAGGUAUGGCAGGCAUCGAAUACAAGAAAAAUCAUGGACACGAACAACAUGGGAAAGCAACAAGUUUUGCCGUCGUAACCAAAUAUGAAAAUAAAAAUGGUAGUCAAUAUGGCCACCAACAUAAACAUAAUCACCAUACGGCAGGAUAUGGAUUCGCUCAUGAUGCUGAUAAUCAAGAUAUAGAUGCAGCUGUAACCAAAUACGAAGAUAAGCUUAAUAAUCACAAAGGAUAUCGGUAUGUUCAUGGACACGAUCAGAACGCAGAAGGACCCAGUUUUUCGAUCGAAACCAAUCAUAAAGGUAAACAUAAUAGCUAUGAACACGAUCAUAAUGAGCACCACAUAUAUAACAAGCAUGAGGAACAUCAUGGAAAAGCAACCAGUUUCGCCACUGUAACUAAACACGAAGUUAAGAACGAUGGCCAUUCUGGACAUGACUCUCAUACAAGGGGUUACAAGAAACACGAAUACAAUCAUGGACACGAACAACAUGGAAAAGGUCCCAGUUUUGCUGUUGGAACCAAACAUGAAUAUAAACAUGGACAUGGACACGAUCAUAAGAAGCUCGAAGAAUACAGCAAACACCAGGGACAUCAUGGAAAGGCUACCAGUUUUGCCUCUGUCUCCAUACACGAAGGCACACAUGAAAAUGAUAACGGAGAGAAAGUCAAUAAGGAGUACCAAAAUGGUCAUGGCAAUCAUGCAGAAAGUCAUAAGGAGCACAAGGAUAAUCAUGGACACGAAGAGCAAGGAAAAACUUCGGGCUUUGUUGUUGCAACCAAACAUGAAUACAAUCAUGGACAUGGACACGAUCAUAAGAAGCUCGAAGAAUACAGCAAACACCAGGGACAUUAUGGAAAGGCUACCAGUUUCGCCUCUGUCUCCAUACACGAAGGCACACAUGAAAAUGGUAAUGGACAAAAAGGCAAUAAGGAGUACCAAAAUGGGCAUGGUCAUCAAGCAGAAAGUCAUAAGGAGAACAAGAAUAAACAUGGACACGAACAGCAUGGAAAAGCUUCCAGGUUUGCUGUAGUAACGAAACACGAAUAUAAAUAUGGACACGAUCAUGAAAAACACGAAGAAUACAGCAAACACAAAGAACAUCAUGGAAAGGCUACCAAUUUCGCCUCUGUCACCAAACACGAAGGCAUACUGGAAGAUCAUAAGGAGCAUCGGGUCAAAGAGAAGUAUCAUGAAUUGAAUGCAGAAAGUCAGAAGAAUAAUCAUGGACUUGAAGAGUAUGGAAACGGUUACAGUUUGGCUGUUCUAACCAAACACGAAGAUAAAAAUAAUGGUCAUCAACAAUAUCAUAAUGAGAAUCAAGGAUAUAGCAAACAAGAGGAUAAAAACGGAAAGGCUACCAGUUUUGUCACAGUAGCUAAACACGAAGGUAAGAUCGAUGAUCAUGGUCGAAAUGAGCAUCAAUAUGGGUAUGUGGAAAGUCAAGAGCAAUAUGAACAACAUCACGGACAUGGGGAGUAUGGCAAAGCUUCCAGUUUUGCCGGUGUGACCAAACUCGAAGACAGGAAUGGUGGUCACGGUCACGAACAUGACGAAAAUCAUGGAAAGGCUAUUAGUUUUGUCUCAGUAACGAAAUUCGAAGGAAUAGAUGAAGACCAUAGUGAACAUGAUAAUCACAUUGAAGGUCAUAAGAAAUACGAGGGUAAUCAUAAGUACCAGGAACAAGGAUCCGGAUCUAGUUUUUCAUCCCUAACGAAAUACGAGCAAUUUAGCGAAAAUAAACAGCACCAAGGGCAGCAUGGAAAGGCUACCAGUUUCGCCUCUGUCACCAAACACGAAGGCACACAUGAAAAUGAUAACGGAGAUAAAGUCAAUAAGGAGUACCAAAAUGGGCAUGGCAAUCAUGUAGAAAGUCACAAGGAGCACAAGGAUAAUAAUGGACACGGAGAGCAUGGAAAAACUUCCAGUUUUGCUGUAGCAACGAAACACCAAUAUAAACAUGGACACGAUCAUGAAAAGCACGAAGGAUACAGCAAGCACAAAGAACAUCAUGGAAAGGCCACCAGUUUCGUCUCAGUAAGCAAACACGAAGGUAUGCUUGAUGAUCAUGUCAACAAAGAUCAUCAACAUGGGCAUGCUUAUCAUGUGAUAAGUCAGAAGAAAUAUGCCAAAAAUCAUGAGCACCAUGGGAAGGCCUCUAGUUUUGUUGCCAUAACCAAACAUGAGACCAAAAACGAAGGAAAUGGACACAGCCAACGAGAGCAACACGAAAGUAACAAACAUCAGAAGCAUCAGGGGAAGGCUACAAGUUUCGUCUCAGUAACCAAAUACGAAGGUAAGCACGAUGUCCAUAACGAAAAUCACGACGAAAGCAAACAUCAAUAUGGUCAUACUUAUAACGGGAAAAUCCAUGAGCAACACGAAGAGAGCCAUGUAACCGAGAAGCAUGGAAAACUGACAGAGCACCAUGUAAAUCAUGGUGAUGCUCAUAAAUUUCAACACAAUCAUAAAGAAGAGAGUCAUGGAAAGGGGCAUCAUAUAAAAACUCAUGAACAUAAAAAACACGAGGAAACCCAUGGAAAGGCUACUAGUUUUGUUGUUGUAAAGAAGCAUGAAGGCAAAUAUGAAGAUCAUCAGACCGAAAACAACGGAUAUGGUUUUCAUACUGAGAGUCAGGGCCAUAAUCAAUGGGGUCAUAAUCGACAUCCUAAAUAUGAAUUUGAAUAUGGUGUCAAGGAUGCAAAAACCGGCGACAUUAAGGAGCAAUGGGAAUCCAGAGAUGGCGAUAACGUGAAAGGCAGUUAUUCUCUCAAGGAAUCUGAUGGAACAACUCGGCUGGUGAAAUACUCUUCGGACAAGAAGAGCGGUUUUGAGGCUACUGUUCACAAAAUCGGUCAUGUAGAAGGGAAGCAAAAAUUGGCAAGCAUGGUAACUAAUAAAUGA